AUGGCGAUCCCCUUCCCCGAAGGCAAAGCCUACUUUAAACGCAGCGCGUUAAAAUCCGAAAAGGACGGGCGGUUCAACGCUGACGACCCGGCGCACUUCUACAGUACUAUGAUCGUCGAAAUGACCUGGAACGUUGAGGCGCACCACGGGUCCAAGCAGGCCAAUGAACCCAAGGGCCACCCACACAAGCGCUCCAACUAUGAAAUCUACCCUUCCCGGCGCGUGCAGUGUGAGCUGUGUACCAGCGGGUAUCGGUUCAAGAGGCAUGAGUACGGGGAUAAGGCUGAGGUGUGGUUCAUGUUUGUCCCGAUGCCGACGAGGGAAGAGGAGUGGAUCUGGAUGGACCGUUUAACCCGUGUCCGCGCAAUCUACAUACCGACCGCCUACAGCUCGAGCGAGAGCUACCCAGACAUAUGCACCUACGUGCACGUCAACUUCACCAAAAAAGCGGCCCCGACAAUGGUGUACCAGAAGCCCAGCUCCGCGGGCAGCACCAAACUGACAAGCACAACCGUGCAGCUCAAAUCCCACUCCGAGCGCGGCCUCGACAUCGAUAAGACGACCACCCUGGGAAUCAAUCCGGCCCGCCUCAUCACGGCACUAAUUAUCCCCGAGGACAUCCGCAAGGUCGACGCGUACACAUGCGGGGGCCUAGCCCUCAUGGACACGGCAGAGAUCCCGAAUGCAGUGCUCCAGCGGGAGUAUGACAGCACCUGCAUGGCGGACUGGGCGGUGGUUGUCAACGAGAACCACGGUGUCCAGGUCGGGUGGAAGAAGGCAGAUAUGGGCUCACCAUGGUUCCUAGAGUACUUCAAGAACGCGGUCGCGUUUGCUAUCGGCUAUGUCCCCAUCGUCGGUCCGUUCGCGACUAUCGGCUGGAACCUGGCUAUCUCGGGCAUCUUUGAUGACCACGAGGCGUUUAUGGAAGAGCUCCGCGAGCAGAUCCCCUCGUAUCAGCUACUCGAGGGGUUUGUAGAGGAGAUUCAGAACAUCGUGGAAGACGGGAAACCGAUGAUCAAGGACAAGGUCUCGCUGAAGAAGAAGAAGGAUGAAAAGGACUACGUCGUCUUCGAUGAAAAGGUCCUGGCCGAUGCGAAAAAGACCGCCGACGCAAAGGCCAAGGACAAGCCCACGACUGUAGGCGAGGAGUCGAUAUUUAAGACACUAAGCUUGUCGAUACUGAUGCGGCUGGCGCUCGAUAACCGAUUUGCCAUUCUCAAACUGCUGAAUGAGCCCAAAGUUGACGAUGAAGAUAUGUGGUCGCCCGAGGCGCUGCGGUCGGAUACACGCUCGGCAACAAUUGUCACACGGCUGCCGCUUGGGGACCAAGAUGAGUUGGUGGAUGCUCUAGAAAGGCUAAGCACGAAGGGCGAGGUCAAGUAUAAUGAAGGAUGGAAGCUGAUGGGCGAUGUGCCCAAGAAUGGAUUCGGGGUGCACCAGGCAUAUGUGAAGAAGCAGGCAGGCCGCUAUAUCAAGGCGAAAUAGGUAAUUUGUAUGCUUCGAUGUGCAAAAAAGUGAUUUACCUUUGUUCUUUGAUACCCUUCAUCUCCAUAUCAACAGCCUUACCAACAGGAACAUCCACGUUAAUUGCCGGUUUCUUAUUAGAAUCUUCCUAGGAUUAGGGGAGAUAUAAAAUCUGGCCAUGAAGGUAAGAUAGAAUUAUUUUAAUCUCUAGGUUUAUAAGAAACCACCCUGGACAGGCCUCCUUUGUGAAGGGUUAUACGUAAGUUGAUCAGGUAUAAAGUCACUAUGCCAGGAACAAAUCACUUCAAGACCAAACCUUGCCUUUCGCAAGGUAUAGGGGCUUAGUGUCGAUACAUAAGCGGCCCUAUACAACAGCUGGGAUUCGCAUGUGGC